AUGCAGGAGCUUAAUGGAAAUGCUGGCCAGGGAGCGCCAACCGGUGCCAAUGGCGCGCGUUUCGGCCAUGCCUCCAAGCCCUCCAACAGCGAUACUGGCUUCUCGCAUGGAGCCUUCACCUCCAACAUCUCGGGCUUCGCUGACCGCCACCCUCGUCGCGCCAACAUUCCCACGCUCAACACCCAAAACAUGAACCAGAACCAGCCCAAUGGCCAUGAUAUGACCCCGGGAACGGCUUUUGACAUGCAAUUCACGCCUCUGCUCCCCUCGCAGCUGCUCCUGGGCAGCCCCUUUCAGCCUGGAAGCCCGGCCGCCUUUGGCAGCCCCCAGUUCCAGGGACUGUCUGGCUUCCAGCAGACUCAGCAUCAGCAGGCCAAUGCUCAGCAGCACAACGGUGGCAUCUCGAGCCCCGUGCAGCCCAGCAUGUCUCCUCAGUCUUACCAGGCUCUGGUUUCUCCCUCAACCUAUGGAGCGCCUCAGUUCUUCCCUCCCCAGUCGCCCACUGGUUUCAACAUGCAGAGCUCUAUGCAGCCUGGUUCUCCCGUUUCCAUGGGCGCCGGCGUCGUUACGGGAACCAGCCGAACCGUCUACCUCGGCAACAUCCCUCCCGACACCAGCGCUGAAGAGAUCCUGGGUCACGUCCGGAGUGGACAAAUCGAGUCCGUCCGCCUGCUCCCCGAUAAGAACUGCGCCUUCAUCUCCUUCCUCGAUGCCAGCUCCGCCACCCACUUCCACUCGGAUGCCAUUUUGAAGAAAUUGUGCAUCAAGGGCCAGGAUAUCAAGGUUGGCUGGGGCAAGCCGUCUCAGGUCCCAACAUCUGUGGCGCUUGCCGUCCAGCAGUCUGGUGCCUCCCGAAAUGUCUACUUGGGCAACCUUCCCGAGGAGAUUUCCGAUGAGGAAUUGCGCGAGGAUCUCGGCAAGUUUGGUGCCAUUGAUACCAUCAAGAUUGUUCGCGAGAAGAGCAUUGCCUUCAUCCACUACCUGUCCAUUGCGAAUGCGAUCAAGGCUGUCACCCAGUUGCCUCAGGAGGCUAAGUGGCAAGCCCCUCGCCGCGUGUACUACGGCAAGGACAGAUGCGCCUACGUCUCCAAGACGCAGCAGCAAAACGCAGCUCAGUACCUGGGCAUCGCCCCUGGAUACGCACACAUGCUUACCGGCGCCGAUCGAGAUCUCAUCUCCAACGCUCUCGCUCAGCAGUCGGUGGCUGCCGCGGCCGUUGCCACCAGCGCUGGUGGCAUGAACAACCUUGGCAACCGAACCAUCUACCUAGGUAACAUCCACCCGGAGACUACGAUUGAGGAGAUUUGCAACGUGGUUCGAGGUGGUCUGCUGCACCACAUCCGCUACAUUCCCGACAAGCACAUCUGCUUUGUGACUUUCAUCGACCCCACAGCUGCUGCGUCAUUCUAUGCCCUCAGCAACCUGCAGGGCCUGAUGAUUCACAACCGCAGACUCAAGAUUGGCUGGGGCAAGCACUCUGGUGCUCUCCCGCCCGCCAUUGCUCUCGCUGUGAGUGGUGGUGCUUCGCGCAACGUCUACAUCGGCAACCUGGACGAGACCUGGACAGAGGAACGAUUGCGCCAGGACUUCACCGAGUAUGGUGAGAUUGAGCUGGUCAACGCUCUUCGCGAAAAGAGCUGCGCCUUUGUCAACUUUACCAACAUUGCCAACGCCAUCAAGGCCAUCGAGGCCAUCCGCGGCAAGGAGGAGUACAAGAAGUUCAAGGUCAACUUUGGAAAGGAUCGAUGCGGCAACCCCCCUCGCCAGGUCCAGCAGAGCUCAUCUCCCCGCGGCGACGGUGUCUCAUCGCCACCUCCCAAUGGCUCACAGAACAGCAACUCGCCCUCAAACGGGAACACUCCACAGCCGGCGGCAGCCAUGUUCAACGCUAACAGCAACCCGCUGACAAUGUACCUGAACCACAUGCAGCAACAAGCUCAGCAGCAACAGCAGCAGCAGCAGCAGAUGUCUGUGCAGCAGAACAUUCUGUUCAACACUGCCCAGUCAAAUGAUCUGUCAAUGGAUGUUCCCCAGCAGGGCCCCAUCGGUGGACACGGUCAGUCAGCUAGCAUCUCCAACGGCUACUCCAUGAACGGCUCCAUGUCAAAUGCCCCCACCAUUGGCGGCCUGCUUGCCCCCGGCAACGGACGUGGCCAGCACAGCCGCGCUGUUAGUCUUCCGGUUCUGGCCCCCGGGUUCGAGAACGGAGGCAUCAGCCCCUCAGAGAGCAACGGCAGCACGGGCGAGAGGCGUGGCCACCACUACCAAGCUAGCUUCGGUGGCAUGGGAGCCUCUGGCUAUGGCCUGGCUAUUCAGGGAGGCCUCAAUGGCUGGGUAGAAGAGGAAGUGGCCAAUUAA